UACAGAGGGCUCUGCCUUGGAACGGCGCAGCCGGUGAGCUGGAAACCAUGGCGGACGGAGCGGAGAAUCACACUGGAGGGGACUUUGAUAAAAAACUUACGGAACUGCGGAAGAGCCUGAGAGACUGUGAAUUAAAAAGACUGGAAUUGGAAAAAAAGAUGUCUCGCUACCGCUCAUCCAAUGCAUACUUGGGUCAUCGGCCGUAUGAAAGGUUAAAAAACUCUUUGAGAGACAUCUGUGAGAAGGAGAAGAAGGCGCGUCUCCGAAAUCAAGCAUUCCUGCAGGAAUUCGGAAGCCUUGAGGCGCGUUUGAGUUUUCUCAUAUCAAAUUUAAGGAUAUCCCAACAUAUGAAGAUGCCGCAAGUUUUACGACAGGCAGAAAUUAACACAGGCGCAGACAUGUCAAGAAGAAUCUAUCAUCCGGCAACAAUCUUCAUGGGCCGCCAAAUGUCAGCCAACUUGAGCAUUGAACAUUGCCUUACACAGAGGAUUUCUCCCCAGCCCACAAAGAGCUUUUCUAUUUCUGACCCACAUUCAGCCAGACAGGCAGCAAUAAACAGCAAUGUGACAGACAGCUGUGUAGUACCAGCUAAUAGUGAUACUCAGUGCUUAAAUAAGCCUGACAAAAUAGAUGAGGAGACAUCAUCCUUCCAGAUUAGUCAAAAAAUGCCGGUCACAUCCAUCGCUUCUUCUGAGGACGCGAGAACACACCGCGCCGAGAUCGACAAGACUCAAAGUGGUAGGAAACAUUUAGUUGAAAGCAGGCAAUCUGCACAACUUAGCUCACAGACUCUGAAAAGAUUAAGUCCAGAGAACAGAACAGGGGAUUUGCAGAAUGACAGCCCAGGCAGCAAGGUGGAAGAGGCAUUGAUGUAUGAAAGGCUGGUUCCUAAUGAAGAGAGAUUUACACACGCAAGCCCCUCUGGAUCUCCCCCCGAUGCCUCUGAUUACAUAAAUAACCAAACAUCAGAUAAGCGUAGCGCCGGUGGAAAUCUGUCAGCUUUUCAUCCAGCCUCAGAAAACGACGACAGUGAUGUUCUUGACAGCAGCAGUGACCUCACAGUGUCCAUCACUGAAUCAGAAGAUAUGUGCGCUGCUGAUCUUCUUGACGCCAUUGACGGGAAAAAAGAUCCAGUGGAACCACAAGCCAAAAAUGAACAGGAGGAGAAAAGUGUGUCUAACAAGAAGCUCCCAAACAGCAAGAUAGAAAGUUCUCCAGAACAUAUAUCCUAUGAGGAUUCUUCAUCGAUCUCUGCAAUUAGCCUAAAUAACCUGUCUAGCAAAGGAUUCAUUCAUUUGCUUCAGUGCAUAGAAGGUAUGCUGAAACGGAUGGAAGCCGUUCCUAUGCAAUUGUACCAGGAUACCGGUGUCAGCCACAAGAGAAGGGAUUACCUCGUUAGUCUAUGUAAUCAGAUGAAGCCUCUUAAAACAGAAGACCUCGAGGCCUGUACUGCACUUGUCACCCGCCAGCUCCAGACAGACAGUGGAAGAUUCUUACGCAAGGAAAGCAAUGACGACCACCGUCGGGACCAAGAUGAAACCAGGACAAUCUCAGCAUCCUUGCGAGAGCAUCUGCUCGGCCAUAUAUCUUUCUUGAAAGAACGUGGGAUUUUGAAAGGCGGCGUUCCAGCAGGUUUUGCUAACGUAUUGAUGCUGCAUGAUGAAAUGAAAUCUCAGCAGGGUAACCUGAACGUUGCCGGAGAUUUCAACAAUCCUACCUCCGUUUCCAGUACAGACGAACAAAGCUCCAGCCUUCAGAAGAGGGAUCAGACUGUAGAUGGUCCUUACAAUCGUAUGCGGAGACAUGAAGACUAUCAAAUAAAAAAUGAAGAUGACACAAGCUCGUGUGAAGAUGACAGCGGAGACGGAAAGUUUGGAGAGAAAAAACGUGUUCCAGGGUUACAACAGGACCAUUCUAAUGUAAGAGGAAGUUCAAGAAAUAAACAGAGUUCAGAACGUACCUUAUCUUCAAGUGAACCAAGCCCUAUACACAGAAAAGAAAAUGCACCUACAGCAGCAGCAAAUAUGACACUUGGCAAAAAACCAAAUAAUAUCAAGUCUAAAGCUUUUUGGGGAGAGUCAGACGACAGCAGCUCAGAUAUUGAAGCCAUUCUCAGACCACAAACAAAUCACACUGAGGCCGAUGACUUUGAUGACUUCUUCGAUUAGAACACAGAAAGAAAUAAAGGCCCCUGAGUUAAAGGGGUUAUGCCAUGAUUGAUGUAAAAAAUGAAAAUCCGAGAUUAUAUAGCACAUGAGCAUACCUUUGUAACAAAACUAGAACCAGCCCCGUACCUCACAUGGAUCCAGAGAUCUCCACGUUAAUUGCUCCUAUUGUUCUGCUAGAUUCUCUUCAGUCUGACAGCUCAGGGGUGUGUCCUUUCUGC